CAUGAACGCAUUUCACAGGAUUCGCAGAGGGGCUUUGCAAGCCAAGUACCCUCAUCAUCGUCAUCAUCAACAAGGUUCUUGAGAAUCCAUUAGAGGUUGCUGCAGGUUUAUGCCUACAUUAAAGCGAGGAAUAUCUAGUUGCAAUGGAUGAAUUGCCAGAUCAUUUAGUUUGGGAGAUUUUAGUUCGGAUUCAGAAAACUGUUGACAGAAACUCUGCUUCUUUGGCAUGUAAGCGUCUUUAUGAAAUGGAUAAUGAACAGAGGUAUUCUCUUCGGGUUGGUUGUGGUUUAGAUCCUGCAAAUUAUGCUUUAACUUCCCUUUGUACUAGGUUUCCCAACUUGACAAAAGUAGAAAUAACUUAUGCGGGCUGGAUGUCCAAACUGGGGAAACAGUUGGAUGACCAAGGACUUCUAAUUCUUUCCAAUUGUCCUUUUCUGACUGAACUUACUUUAAGUUACUGCACAUUCAUCACCGAUGUGGGCCUUCGUUAUUUGGCUUCUUGCUCCAAGCUUUCAGCCUUGAAGUUGAACUUCACGCCAAGGAUCACUGGUUGUGGUAUACUCUCUCUUGUGGUGGGCUGCAAGAACCUCGUCAUUCUCCAUCUUAUCCGAUGUCUGAAUGUUACGAGUGUUGAGUGGCUAGAAUAUCUGGGCAAGCUUGAAACUCUGGAGGAUCUCUCCAUUAAAAAUUGUAGAGCAAUUGGGGAGGGUGAUUUAAUUAAGAUAGGGCCUAGUUGGCAGAAACUUAAGCGGUUACAAUUUGAAGUUGAUGCUAAUUACAGAUAUAUGAAGGUUUAUGACAGGUUAGCUGUAGAUCGAUGGCAAAAGCAAUUGGUUCAGUGUCAAAAUAUGCUGGAACUUAGCUUGGUGAAUUGCAUCAUCAGCCCUGGGAGAGGGCUUGCUUGUGUAUUAGGGAAAUGCAAGAACUUAGAGAAGAUUCACUUGGACAUGUGUGUUGGUGUUAGGGACUCCGAUAUCGUAAGCUUAGCACAAAAAUCAAGAAACCUCCGUUCUUUGUCUCUCCGAGUCCCUUCAGAUUUCUCGUUGCCUCUUUUGAUGAACAAUCCAUUGAGACUGACUGAUGAAAGUCUGAGAGCCAUCUCUCAGAAUUGUUUGAUGCUGGAAUCAGUCAGGAUAUCCUUUUCUGACGGGGAGUUUCCAUCGUUUUCUUCCUUUUCCUUAAAUGGAAUAGUUACUUUGAUUCAGAUGUGCCCAAUUCGGGAACUGUCUCUUGAUCAUGUGUACUCUUUCAAUGAUUUUGGAAUGGAAGCUUUGUGCUCAGCCCAAUAUCUUGAAACCUUGGAGCUUAUCAGAUGCCAAGAAGUUAGCGAUGAGGGCCUGCAGCUUGUGAGCCAGUUUCCCCAUUUAUCUGUGUUAAAGUUACACAGGUGCUUGGGGAUCACAGAUGAUGGACUAAAGCCGCUUGUGGGUGCAUUCAAAUUAGACUCGUUAGCUGUGGAAGAUUGUCCCCAAAUUUCUGAAAGGGGUGUUCAAGGAGCUGCUAGAUCUGUGUCGUUUCGGCAAGAUUUAUCAUGGAUGUAUUGAAACACGUGGGAGCAUCGCAGGCCUCAGUGGUCAAGAUAUCAUUACCUGAUUUAUUUGUACAGUCUUCACCAUUUUCUGAUGAUUAUUUGGACGUGUUAUUGCAUCUGUUGCCUGCAUACCUUUGUCGGUAAAUUUUUGCCGAGCGUUUUCUCGUUUGCUAUGAUAAUGUAUUAUACACUGUUGUAAUAUUACUAACAAUUGUAGUGAAAUCACCCAAUUCCGUUCCAGUAUCAACUACAUCCUUUGAGCUCUAAGGGCGAGUUCAUAAACAGCAGUUUGCAACUCGGAAGUGCGAUGACCAGCAAGUUUUUUCCUGGAGGUCAGGCUUCUCAUAUCUAUAUCAAUCAUGAAAUAAAAUUUUCAGUCAUGAAAAUAUAUUUUAAGUUUUCUUUCCAUGAAAUGUUAAAUAAAUUAUUAAAUAACAAGUAAAACAAGAGAAUAUUGCCUGUA